AUGGAGAACGACAAGACCGACUAUGACGAUAGCCCGGUCAAGUACAUAGAGAGGUUGAAAUCUAUGAUUAACCACACCGACGGCGAUGAUAUUGCUGAUCUUAUGCCUCAGCGUCAGACACCAGAGGAAUGGCUUGAGGCGCUCACAAAACUGGACUUUACAGACUGUGCCUCUGUUUACGAGCUUCAGUCUGACUUGAUCGAUUAUGUCAUCGAGAAAUUCAUUCUGUGCACUGGUAAAGAUGUCUUUACUGUUUCGGCAUGGCCCGUCGCUAUGACUUUAGAGGAACCGCCAAUUUCGGAUCUCGACAGCCUCCAUCCAGGCCUUCUGGCUCUUGAAUUCUUCCGCGGGUCCGAAGCUCGACCUGCUCCCUCGGAUGAAAGAGUCCCCAAAUCAUCACUUCCUCCUGUAGUGUUGCCCAUAGGACGCUUGCUCAAAGGAUACACAACAGAAAGUGGUAUUUCAGAUUCUGAUGCGACUGCAUAUGUCCUGGUCGUUGAUGCCAUUACGCCUGGGCAUCCUGUGUGGCUGAUCUGGGAUCGGCUGGCUGGACACGAACCCGAGUUAGAUUACGUCCACCCAGACAAACGUGACCCAGUUUUCGGGGGAGUUGGGAAGAACUUUGAUGCUGCUCAGAUCCUCCCCCGUAUCAAAGACUGGCUCGAGUCCUACGGGAACCUCGACCUCAGUCAGCUUGAGGAGUCUAUCAAGGCGACUGGCCUCGUCGGUUUCGUGAAGGCUAAGGAGGCAACAUUGGGAUACGUCACUGAGCUUCUGGGUGAGACUGAAUCGCAACCGGCAACCGAUGCAAUGCAUGGCGAUGAGAUGUCCGAUGCUCGCUUCGCCGAGAUCCGGGCGGCUCUUGCGACCGCUCGCGAUAACAGCCUGGAUCAGUACCUACGCAAGGCUUGCAGUAUCGAUGACACUCCGCCGCGCCAGUCAUCUCUUGAGUGGCUUCAGAAGCUUGCCAUCAUAGACUUUGCAAAUGUGGAGGAUAUCUGCGCCCAUCGGCACCACUUGAACUUUAACAAAGUUGAGCCUUUCGAUCUGGUCGCCAAUGGUGAAGAUGACUUUAUCGUUGGAACAUGGCCUCGAGACCUCAGCUACGAAGAAAUUGACGGCGAGGUUCACGCGGCACUCCUUUCUCUCGAGACCUCAGCCCUUGGAGCCGGCAAAUCUCUUCCUAAAUUGAUUCUCCCUGUCGGGGAGUUGAUGAACAAUAAGGCGAACCGGCUUGAAACCGGCUAUAUCCUCGUCAUCGAUGCUGUUGCGCCUGGACAUCCUGUCUGGCUGAUCUAUGAUCGCAAUCGAGUUGAUGACUUGGGCGAGGAGCAAAUCGUCGUCGACCCGACUCGCAGGCCUUUGAUCUUCAAGGGCAUUGAACCCAAUUUUGACGCCGCCCAAAUCUUUCCGAGCGUUCAAGACUGGAUCCAGUCCUAUGGCAAAGUCGACUUCGCCCAGCUUGAAGAGUCUAUCAAGGCGACUUGUAUCACCGGUGCUGUGCAGGCCAAGGAAAUUCUCCUGUCGGAGGCUCAAGAGCUUUUCCGCCAGUAA